CCUAUUUCCGUGUUUUCACAAAGCGUUUCACGGAUUUAGAAGUUAGAAGCUGUCAUUGGAAUUAGAUGACGCUUUGCUGAAGCAAUAUCAGACGAACACGCUUCUAUUGUAAUAUUUGUAUUUCACAGGGAGCCCCAUAAUACAGUUGAGCAGAUCCGAACAUGGAGGCGCUCUGAAGACACCUCUGGUGCCUUGUUGUGGGUACGGAGUUCGGGAGCGGUCCGGUUCUGGAGGCGCGUGCUGGAAUCUUCUCGUCAUGAAGCUGCUGUGGCGCGUCCUCGCCUGCAGGGAGCGCGCUGUAUCCUCGUACGUAGGGGGCGCGCGCAAUAUAGGGCUGCCGAGAGCGUGCCUGAGAGAUUACAGAACAUCCGUUUCAGUACCUGGGGAGAUACAUAAAAGGACCGUAUUUUCAUUUGUGGGGAAGAAGUUCUACUUUGACACUCAUGCUGUUGUGCAAGUUCUGGAAGACAAAGGAUUCAGCACUCAGCAGUCGGAGGUCAUUGUGUCAGCACUAGUGAAAAUCAUGAAUACUAACAUGGAUCUCAUAUACCAGGACAUGGUUUCCAAAGUGCAACAGGAGAUCACUCUUCAGCAGGUCAUGUCACACAUAGCUUCAGUAAAAAAGGAUAUGAUCAUCCUGGAGAAAAGUGAAUUCUCUGCUCUCCGAACACAGAAUGAGAAAGUAAAAAUCGAGAUACAGCAACUGAAGAAACAGUUAAAAGAUGAAAUUCUUAAAGUCAGAGCAAACAAUAAAUUGGACUUUAACUCUGAGAAAAGCAGAAUAAAGGAAAUGUAUGCUGAUCAUGAUAAAAAACUCCUAGAACUUCGAACAGAGAUAGUGGAAAUGCAUGUCGAUCAAGACAAAGGACUGACACAAACCAAAAGGAAGAUUGACACAGAAGUAGCCGGCCUGAAAACUAUGCUGGAAUCGCAUAAACUUGAUACAAUUAAAUAUCUUGCAGGUUCUGUAUUCACAUGCCUUACAAUAGCGCUUGGAUUUUACCGUUUGUGGAUGUAACACAUGGCAAUCUGUUAUUUUUAUACAUCAUAAUUCACUGUGUUGUUAAAAAAAAAAAAAAAAGAUAUAUGAUGGAUUCAGUGGCAACCAAGUAUUUAUUUUGAAAGCAGCUGCAUAACCAAAGAGUGAGAAACGACCACAUAUGUCACAAAAAAAGAUAUUAUAUUUAGUCAAAUGAAUGUUUUUCCGUCCAUUCAAUAAAAAAAAGUGUCAUACCAA